CGUGCUGGCGCGCGGCGCGAUUCCUUCCAACUCCUGGGAGCAGCAUUAGCGCAGCAGCCGUCGCAGCAUGCUGCUGCACUAGCCCUUGCUGCUAUGAUGCUUCAACACCGAGAUCUGGAUGCGGCGCUAGCCAGACUGAAAGCGGCUCUUUCUGCCCACCCGACAUGUGUAGCUGCCCAUAGUAACUUGGGCUUGGCUCUAAUGGCGAAAAAGAAGUAUGUUGCGGCGCUGACAUGUCUCCAACGCACGGUGUGGUCGGCGCCGCUCAGCGCUCGCGCCGCGCACAACUUAGGCCUCGCGUUACUGCUGUGCAGACGUCCGGCCUCGGCCUUCUGUCGGCUGGCUACAGCAGCAGCAUUGCAACCAAGGCAGCCUUACACGGUCCUUCUAAUAGGCAUCGCACUAGAACGCCUCGGGGACGCCCGCGCCGACGCCGCGUACGCACGCGCCGCAGCCCUAGCGCCCGGCGACGCUCUGGUGCGUCUCAACCGCGCCGGGCGGCUGGCGCGCUCCGGCCACGCCGGGCAGGCUGCCGAGCAGGCGCGCGCCGUGGCGGAGAUACUGCAGGGAGAGGAGAAGCCUGACGCACAGGUUAGUACCGACCGCGCCGGGCGGCUGGCGCGCUCCGGCCACGCCGGGCAGGCUGCCGAGCAGGCGCGCGCCGUGGCGGAGAUACUGCAGGGAGAGGAGAAGCCUGACGCACAGGUUAGUACCGACCGCGCCGGGCGGCUGGCGCGCUCCGGCCACGCCGGGCAGGCUGCCGAGCAGGCGCGCGCCGUGGCGGAGAUACUGCAGGGAGAGGAGAAGCCUGACGCACAGGUUAGUACCGACCGCGCCGGGCGGCUGGCGCGCUCCGGCCACGCCGGGCAGGCUGCCGAGCAGGCGCGCGCCGUGGCGGAGAUACUGCAGGGAGAGGAGAAGCCUGACGCACAGGUUAGUACCGACCGCGCCGGGCGGCUGGCGCGCUCCGGCCACGCCGGGCAGGCUGCCGAGCAGGCGCGCGCCGUGGCGGAGAUACUGCAGGGAGAGGAGAAGCCUGACGCACAGGUUAGUACCGACCGCGCCGGGCGGCUGGCGCGCUCCGGCCACGCCGGGCAGGCUGCCGAGCAGGCGCGCGCCGUGGCGGAGAUACUGCAGGGAGAGGAGAAGCCUGACGCACAGGUUAGUACCGACCGCGCCGGGCGGCUGGCGCGCUCCGGCCACGCCGGGCAGGCUGCCGAGCAGGCGCGCGCCGUGGCGGAGAUACUGCAGGGAGAGGAGAAGCCUGACGCACAGGUUAGUACCGACCGCGCCGGGCGGCUGGCGCGCUCCGGCCACGCCGGGCAGGCUGCCGAGCAGGCGCGCGCCGUGGCGGAGAUACUGCAGGGAGAGGAGAAGCCUGACGCACAGGUUAGUACCGACCGCGCCGGGCGGCUGGCGCGCUCCGGCCACGCCGGGCAGGCUGCCGAGCAGGCGCGCGCCGUGGCGGAGAUACUGCAGGGAGAGGAGAAGCCUGACGCACAGGUUAGUACCGACCGCGCCGGGCGGCUGGCGCGCUCCGGCCACGCCGGGCAGGCUGCCGAGCAGGCGCGCGCCGUGGCGGAGAUACUGCAGGGAGAGGAGAAGCCUGACGCACAGGUUAGUACCGACCGCGCCGGGCGGCUGGCGCGCUCCGGCCACGCCGGGCAGGCUGCCGAGCAGGCGCGCGCCGUGGCGGAGAUACUGCAGGGAGAGGAGAAGCCUGACGCACAGGUUAGUACCGACCGCGCCGGGCGGCUGGCGCGCUCCGGCCACGCCGGGCAGGCUGCCGAGCAGGCGCGCGCCGUGGCGGAGAUACUGCAGGGAGAGGAGAAGCCUGACGCACAGGUUAGUACCGACCGCGCCGGGCGGCUGGCGCGCUCCGGCCACGCCGGGCAGGCUGCCGAGCAGGCGCGCGCCGUGGCGGAGAUACUGCAGGGAGAGGAGAAGCCUGACGCACAGGUUAGUACCGACCGCGCCGGGCGGCUGGCGCGCUCCGGCCACGCCGGGCAGGCUGCCGAGCAGGCGCGCGCCGUGGCGGAGAUACUGCAGGGAGAGGAGAAGCCUGACGCACAGGUUAGUACCGACCGCGCCGGGCGGCUGGCGCGCUCCGGCCACGCCGGGCAGGCUGCCGAGCAGGCGCGCGCCGUGGCGGAGAUACUGCAGGGAGAGGAGAAGCCUGACGCACAGGUUAGUACCGACCGCGCCGGGCGGCUGGCGCGCUCCGGCCACGCCGGGCAGGCCGCCGAGCAGGCGCGUUAG